AUGGCAAAUAUUCCUUAUUAUGCAGUAUAAAUAAAAUGGUGACGCUGAUGGAAGAUGGACUCUGAGGUGACACUUCAUGAUAGAGUAGUAGACAGUUGAGAGAGGUGGCGUUACUUCUCCUUGGACUCUCUCAAAAGGAAGCCUGCCCAAAGCAGGGUGUUUUGUUUUCCCCGAGGGUUUUCCCUGUCCCUGCCAGAUGGGCAUAUACAUUAAAAUGGCGGCACAUGUCAGCAUGCCCACUUGGCGCAGCAGUCCAGACCUUAUGGCUACCGCAAACUGGGAUGGACUACGAGCUGAGAAUCAAGUGCAAGCUCAAGAGGUGUGUAUCUGGGUAGGUUUUGGCUGCUUUCGCUUUCCUGUGGUUGGAAAUGGAGGUGCUCAAAACGUCCUUUGGAUCCGAGGACCUAUGGGCAUCCUCGCCGAGAAACUGGGGGUUUCGGCUCAGCCUCAGAGGAGUAGUCUUUUUUCUGUAGCUGCCGAAGAAAAGCAGUUCGAACCCGAUAGAUUCCAAGGAGCUGAUCCUUAGAAUCAAGCUACUCCAAUCGCCUGCAGCCGCAGAAAUCCGUAAGCCGCCCACUCAAGACUGAAGCCACAAGGCAAGGAGGAGACAGAAGAUACUGGAAGGGCACUCGCAAGAGGGAUAGACCCUCUUGGCUGGAGUCGAAAAGCGGUAGAACCUUCCGUACGGGAGGUCUUUGGUGACUGCGUCACCAAUAUGGCUAGCGCCUGACUUUAAUAAUCCUAAUCCCUGCCAGAUUGGCUUUACAUGUUUUGCCUGCCACAUGAUCUUUCCUCAUCGGGACUAUCCGGUGCUAUCUAGGAGAGGCUCUGUCCAAGGCGAGCUAAUCCCCCUGGAAUAAUGAUUCAGGUCGGAAAUCCAAAAGGGUCGCCAUGCCACUUUUGGAGCCGAGAAGGGGUAAUGGUCAGCGCCUUCGGAGCACUUAUGGUUGUACUUAACUAACUAAGAACUAUCUUAUUAUAUCGUCCCUCCAUGCAUUCCAAUUCGUAAAAAAAUAGUUGAUGCCCAAACAGAGCUUUAUAGGUCCCAAAAGAAACUUUUAUAUGAAGAACCUCCAAUAAUGAUUUCUUAUUAUAAGAGCUUUAUAUCAAGAAAAAGUAUUGAAUUUUUUUUCGAAAAUGUAUUGAGACCAAUGGAGUUAUUUACUGAUAUAGAGACUUAUAAAAAGAAAGAGGCUUUUUACAACCUUUAUCACAUUAAAACUUAUAUGCACAUGGUCAUAAAAGCACUCAUUUGUGGGGUAGGAGCUUAUUUUUCAAUCAAAGUAGACCCUGAGUGGCUUUGGAAAUACAAACUUAUUUAUAUUCCGUAUUUUCCUAUUAAAGAUCUCGUAAAAAGAUUUGCGAUAAUCGCAGUUACUGGAUUUUUUUAUAAACAGUCUUAUAGAUUGGUGCCAUGGGUAAUUUGUUUGUGGUAUCCAAAUAUUCUUGCUGACUUGCAGAUUGGAAGUGACUUUGAGUUAGGGUACUGGACGCAGAAAUUUGUUAAAGGAAUUUAA